UCUGCUGUUUUCGCGUGGAAUGCGAUUCUGUUGUCUACGUAAUUGCUGCUGUUUCCUGGAAUAACGAGGAUAGUUACACAAUGGAAUCCAUAACGCCUCGUAUGGACGAUUCCCCUAUGGAAUAUGAAGCUGAUUAUGCCGAUAAUGUCAGCCUAUCAUCGCAAUCCCCCUUGGUGUUCAUGAAAGACCACAGUGACCCCCCUGUUGUACACAGGUCAGUAGAUCAUGACCUCGACAGGCAGGAGACUCAUAUACAAGAAACACUGGAAGUGCGUAAGACGCCAUUGAUACACUGUGUAGUACCGAAUGGGCUGUCUAGUGAAUUAUUUGCCCCUCUGUGGAUGGCGGUAUUCAAACCUAGAAGGUUGAACAAAGGAACCAUAGAUUCAACUGAUAUUGAGCGCCUAUGUAUAGCACUGUUGAAGGCUGCACAAGUUGAUGAGCGGCCGUUUCUUACUGUUGGUUACCACAUAAAGGGUUUAUGCCUCAUCAUUCUACACAAGCUGCAGUCGCUCUAUGAGGGAUCUACUAGUUUAAGUCGUAAAAUAAUGGCCCCUAAAAUGAAUCCAACGGUACGCAACCGGACUAAACCUCGUAAGAAUUACGAAAAUAUGGACGAUGAAUACGAAGGACCUAAACGCAGGCGUAACAGUGUAAAGGGAACGAAAACCAAGAAGAAGAUGCUCGCCAUUGAGGAUUACUUUGACGCUGAUAAUGAAAGAAGAAAUGGAAGCAACACCGAUAUAUCGAACAGUGAUACUCCAGACAAACCAACGUAUGCUGAUCAGGGGUACAUUCCCAUGGAACAGAUUGAAGUUCUACAGCUUAUGAAUUUUGGUAUUGGCAUGGGAGUGGGCACUGAUUUAGCAUUCUAUUCAGCUAGUGGCUUAAGGCAUGAGAAGGGUAUAAGUUACCACAACUUUGAGCAUGGCAUGGUUGAUAGGCAACCCAUAUCCCUGGAAGACAUACGUCAAAACAGAGAAACAAUUAACCCUGACACAUUUAUGGAUUUGGAAUCGCUAAGCUCACCAUUUAUGUUAAACGGUUAUGCUUUCACUCCACAAACUAGGAUAAGUCAAGAGUUUUCAGACGUGGCAACUACUAUCGCAAGCACAGAUCGCAGCCUGCAGUCCGAUAGUGUUAUGAUUUCAACCCCGGAAUUUGAAAAGUAUGAUCUUGAUUGGGAUAUAUACAACGAUGCACUCAAAGAGAUGGAGGAUGGUGUGACCAGCCAAGAUCCUUCCAACGACGGGGCAAUAUCAGCUCAACCUAGGACUCGCCGUCUACGUUUGGAAUAUACCGAAUCUGACGGCAAGGCCGUCCACUUGGUCAAGUCGCGUAAUGUGACCAAAUACGACAGUAAGGUAGUUGCCAAGAAGCAGAAAAGUACACAUAAAAUCAAGAUACGUCAGGAUCAACCCACACUGGAUGCGUAUACAACAUCGCCACAAUUACCACCUUUAUGUGACAAGACAGAAUGGUUCAAUAACGCCGUGGACUCCCUGGUACAGUCUAUAAUCGGCAACACACUUAGCAUCGAAGAUUCAGUACCGGCUAAAACUGCUGCCGGUAACAAGGAUACUGAAGCACCGAAGAAACAGAAGGGUGAGUUGCCUACAAAAAAGCAUGAUGAAAAGUGGUUGAGUCGUGCAACAAGGAAACCAAAAGACACCAAGAAACUGGAGUCAAUGUUCGGAACAGACCCAUUGAGCACUGUUGGUGUUCUCGAGUGCUAUCGCAAAUGCGUACGUGAGAUUCAGGAUGGCAGCCAUCAGAUUGAAUUUUCAGAGGUUGUACGGGACAAGUCCAAGGAGCAGGCGUGCCAGCUAUUCUAUCGCACAUUGUGUCUGGCGAACGCCGAUUACAUCAGCCUUUCGCAACAGUGUUACCCAGGCGCGCAGAUUACUGUCGCUCCAUCCCGCCGGUUCUGGGAACCCAUACCACAUCCGAAGGAUGCAAAAGCAUGAGCUCAUAUGCAUAUAAACCUAUCAUGUCUAGGAAGUGGCUUUAAUGACUACAUUCCGUGUCUAAUUUAUA